GUCAGGCGGCCAGCGGUUUACGAAGUCAGCGGUUUCCUCCUGAUCGCUCGAGUGCACGCAUGAGAUGGAAGACAGACAGGAGAGACUCAAGACUCCGGACGAUUUACUCAAACUAACUCAUCAUCUAGAUACGUUAUUGGCCAUCGAUUAUCAUCGAACUAACAUUGAGGAGACAACGCAGUUGGUGUGUGGUGUAUGCGACUCUGUGUCUUUGGAUGAUCAUCUUCUGUUGUCGAAGUGUUUGCUGCUGAUUUCGAAAGCAUUUGGAAGAGUUGAGGUUGGGUUUGUAUCUUCUAUUCAAAGCCUAGUGGACUUCACAAUUACUGCUUUUCAACAAGACAAGGCUUGGUUAAUAGAUGACUCGCUGUUUGCUCUAAGAGCAGUGCUUUGUGCUAGCAACACCAUCAGCGAAUCACAUGUUGAGCAGCUGAUAGGUGACAGAGGCAUUUUGUUGUCUUUUCUGUCUGAAGGUGAAUUGAAUUCGAAUCAGUUGAAGGUGGCUGUGCAAUGUGUUGGUUACACGUGCUGUCCGAGAGAGUCGCUGGUUCUGAGAGAGGCGUGUGUUUUGUCUGCAUUGCGCUGUUUGCUUCGUAUACUUCAGUCUCCUCCUUUGUGUGUGGCUAGUGACGCAUCUCAGAAAUGCAAAUUGUUCAGUGCAUGUCUGAAGGCACUGAGAAAUGUUGUUGCAGCAAACCGGGCUCUAGCGGUCAGUAAUGCUGCUACUUUGUUGGCAACAUUAAAGGUUUAUGCUUUUUUCUCUCCUUCAAAUCUUGCUAAUCCAGUGAGCUUUCAACCCCAUCUUGUUUCUGAGUUGUUUGUUCCCUCUUCUACUGCAGCAGUUCGUAGUGAAAGGAAAGCUCACGCUGCGUGUCCUCCAGCUGCAAGAGCAAACAAGAAAAGAAGGAGUGCCAAGUCUCGUGCUAAAGCAAACGAGAGUGGAAGAGGUGGUGGAUAUCGUGGGAUUGUUAGAAGGUCCGCUGGUGAUAGUUGUGCUAUGGCAUCAAGUGCAAGCAGUGGGAAAUUGAGUCAGCAACACUCAGACAGAGAAAUGGCAAUGUUGUCAUCUCAGUUGGCAGCAUUGCCACUGUCUCAGUCAGUUGCUUUGACAAAUCAAGAUUCUUCAACUUCACAGUCGACGUUUUCUUCGUUGAAGACCGGCACUCAGCAUCAAUGGGUUGUAACUUCCAGCAGUUCUGAGUCUGAACUAUCUGACUCCGAAUCAGCUCAGAAGCAAAGAGAAAGAAAUUUGUUUAAUCAAGUGCAAGUCAAUAGUAUGUUGUGUUUACAAGAUGUCAUACAUAUGCUAGAAAAGAAAGUGGUAUUUGGCUACUGGUCAUCGUUUAUUCCAGACUCUUUUCCUGCUCAUAGUAGCGCGUCUCAUUUACUCUCAUUGAUAUCAGACGAAGGUCCAUCGAAGGUUUGUAUUGCUGCUUUGUCGUUACUCAUGUCAAUAUUGGAUGGUUCGAAGCAGUUUCUUAUUGCUGCAGAUGACAGUGACCAGCCGCACAGCGCGUUCAUUCCUUUCUCAAUUACAUUGGGACGUAUGAUUAUUUCUCUUCAUGACUGUCUUAUCUCAGUUGUUGGGAGAGUGUCGGGAAGCACACUCGCACCAACUCUCAAAUGUUUGUCUCUUCUUAUUGCUAACUGUCCUUAUAACAAACUACAGCAAGGUUACAUCACACGGAUUCUGGACUCUAUUGCACCGCACACAAGCAGUCCUGAUGCCGACAUUCGUAUGGCAAGUUUUACGUGUUUGGGUAGCAUGGUGUCAGCGUGCUUGCACCUCGAUGAAGUCGAGACUCUACUGAUGACCCGAAGAAAAUUAGGGAACGGAAAGAAGCAAGUUCUGUGGAUUGUUAGCGUGUGCCUUGAACAAAUAACGAAAUCUAAAAAGCUGCCACCUGACGAAAGAGGUGCUGUAUGGUAUGGAGGGUCAGCGGCUAGAAUAGAGGCACUACGAGUACUUGGAUUACUGUUUGCCAACUACCCGUCUUGUGCCAGAACGUGUUGGCAGCUCAUUCUAGAUGCUGUCAGUUGUUUUUUGAACGACGACGUCGAAGACAAUACAAGAGUGUACUGCUUGAAGCUUCUGGACAAGUGGGCAAAGUUUGCUGAUUCACAACUCGAUGAUGCCGAUGGCGUAGAGUCUGAGUUUGCGAAACAGGUGCUCUCUUACUGGAACGAUCUUUUAUCGGGGCCCAUGAUAAGUCUGUUGGACGUGUCAUCAAGUGCUUUAUACUGUGUUUCUGCUAUCGACUGUGUGUCAAGUAUGGGGCCACGAGUGUUUGACAGACUACCGAGAGACAAACAUGCUCUAGUUGUCACAUCGGUGUUUCGUCUUUCGUCCGUUUCAGACAGUGGCAUGAAGGCAGCAGCAGUGAGGGCUGUUGGUGUGUUUGUGACAUACCCUUGUGUCAUUCCUGACGUGACUUUCUUAUUGGAUUCGUGCGACUGUGUGGUUUGCUGCAUGUCUGAAGCUGCGCUUGCUGUGAGAAUAAAGGCGGCCUGGUCUUUAGGAAAUUUGACGGAUUGCUUGCUGUUGAGACAGUCGACUCUUGAUGAUCAAGUUGAUCUUCCAAGUACUAGAAUCAUAAGUCUAUUUAGUUGUGCCAUUGAAGGAUGUGGUGACAACGACAAGGUUCGUACUAAUGCUCUUCGAGCUCUUGGCAAUCUUUGCCGAUUCAUAACUCAAGAUAUGUUGGGAUCAGAUCUCUCACUUCUUGAUCGCGGUAUGCAGGUUUUAGACCAAGCCGUAUCCAGUGGGGCUGUCAAGAUUCGUUGGAAUGCGUGUUAUGCAGCUGGUAAUUUGUUUCAAAAUGGUUCUCUUCUGGGAGGUACAAAGUGGUCGGAAAAACUUCUUCAGUCAUUGUUCAAAGCAAUGCGUGACAGUAAAAAUUUUAAAGUGAGAAUUAAUGCUGCUUCUGCUGCUCACAUUGCUGCCGAUCAUCAGCUGUUUCCAAGUGAUGAUCUCUUUUACUCUUACUGGGAGGAUUUGCUGACUGCUCUAGAGAUGUCGGACUCUGUGGAUGAUUUUUCAGAGUUUAAGUACAGAAGCAGCUUACACAAGCAGCUGUUGAGUCUCAUUUGCUCUCUAACAGAGUUAUGCCAAGAUGCUGACUUGCUUCGUGUGAAUCGUAUCGUCUCUCAAAGGAAGGAGGUUGUGAUUCAUCGUUUUGAAGAGUUUCUACGACACAAUCAGUCUGCAUCAGUUCAGCAAGAACACAGACAAGAACAAGGAACCAGAGCUGCUGCUGAAACGAAAGAACUUGCUACUCGCAUUACAGUAGCAAUUGAUCGACUGGGACUGGAUAUCUCCGCAUCAUUUCACAGUGAAAGUUGCUAGUUUAAUUCACUUUACAGGUGUCUAUAUGUAAAAUCUCUCUUUCAUAUUGAAAUGAUUCUUUGUGGGAUUUGUGUAAUAGCCAGACUUGUAUGACUUGGCGAAAAUUUAGAAUAGUGACAGUGUUACUAGGACAUGCAGUAGACGGUGACCUAAUUUACUCUUAUAUGCAAGUACUCACUGUAUACUGCACAUUGAGGGCAAGUCAUAAAAUGCAUUUAGAUACUUGCCUCAUUAAUUACGUGAUAACACAAUCAAAUAAUUUGUAAAUUGAUGCGACUUAGGAUAUUGUAUUUCACAAUACUAGAUAACAGUAAACUGGUUGUU